AGGUCUCGGCUGGGGAGGCGCAUCCCGGCCGCUGCCCCGCAUCACCGCCACCUCCACCGUCACCGUCCGUCACCUCUGCCGUCACCCCCGCCGUUCCUCCGCCGGCGUCCUGCCUCGCUCGCCCCUCGGUCGGUCCGGGGAGUUUCUCUGCCCCGGGCCGGGUACCGUCAGCCCAAAACCCUGGCCGCAGUCCCCAGGAAUGACAGUAAGAGCGGGAAGAAUGACCCGCGCUGGGCAGCGCUCUGUGCCUCGAGGGCGCUGGCCCCCUGCGUGCCUCCGGCCCCACUUAAUCCUGAAAACAGCACUUUCCGCUCAAUGUCGUCUGCUUGGAGCGGCCGUCCCCAACCACCCUGUAUGAAAUAGCACCCCCCGAACACCCACACCACGUAUCCUCCCCACCUUACUGUUUUUCUCCAGAUCACGUAAGUCCUCUGAAAUGUUGCUAUCUAGUACCCUCCCCCCCCGCCCCCCCAGGACAGGGACUGUUUUGUUCCUGGCAGGUAGUUGGCGCUUGAAAUAUUUUCAGGAGGAACAAACAACCCAGGAGACAGCUGCUAUUAUUAUCCCCACUUUGCAGUUGAGGAAAUGGAGGCUGGGAGGUUAAGUGGCUUGCCCAAGGUCAUACCAGCCUCCUGAACCUCACAAUCUGUGAUGUUGAUUUUGACCUCUGGCUGCUUGGUCCAGUCCCCUCCCACCCGGAGGCCAAGGGUAGGUGAGGGUGGCACAAGGAGUGUGCUGGGGCGUGCAGCCGAGCCAAAGAUAGUGGAGGUGAGGCAGGUGACCGGAGGGGCUCUGGCAGCCCCAGACCAUCUGGGCAGAGAGGCAGUCAGACAGAGAACGCAGCUGCUUUGCUGAUUAAGAUCAGCCCCUAGCGCCUGAGGUGCUCCGGGCAGCCGGAUAGACUGGGACUCACCAAACUCGAAUGUGACACCUUGCUUACUGGGGAGGGGAGUCUGAGGACACUGCCGUGGCCUAGGGGAAGAGCCCUCAGAGACCCAGACUUGCUUCCCAACCCCCCCCCCUUAUGCUGUGUGACCUCUGGCAAGUGGCUUCACCCCUCUGAACUACCCUUUGCUAAGCCCAGACUCCAGGCUGAGCGGUCUCCCAGAUGCUGUAAAGGUGGGCCCUGCCAUGACUCAACUGAGCUGUGAUGCGGUACAGUAGAGGGCUUCUGUCCUUGCCCCUCAACACAGAUCAACCCAUCCAGUGUCCUGUCUCUAAGCAGGGCCACCUGGAAAACCUCAGAGGAGCAAGAGAAGAGCCCCAGCCUCAUUCCAAAGGUGUCCCCCUAGAAAGGUGCUGACCCAGCCAGUCUCCUGUGUAAAACCUUGGAAAAACAGUUGUGUUCCAAAGCGAUGAGCGGGUGUUUGUGCCCAGAAUGAGUAAGCAGUGCCCUGGAUGCUGCCUGGCACACGGCAAGUGCUCCGGAAGGAUUUGUGAGGUGCAGGAGAUCCCUGGCCUCUGAGGGGAGCAGCGUGGCUCCGGUACGUGGGAACCGUCCCUUCUCCCCUGCCCUCUGCUGCCUCCUCCCCUGUGGAGCUCGAAGCUGGGCACCCUGGGGGCCAUGCAGAAGGCCGGGGCAGGGGGCCGGAGAGCCUCUGACUGCGGCCCAGCCCCUCACCGGCCCAGGUGCAUCACCAAGUUCGCCCAGCAGUAUGUGGGUUCCUUCCCUGUGGACGACCUGGACCCCCAGGAGAGCGUGUGGCUGGUUCAACAACAGCUGUGGGCACUGAAGGAUUGUCCCAGACGCCGGGCUGUCAUCCUGAAAUUCAGCCUUCAGGGCCUCAAGAUCUACAGCGGGGAGGGUGAGGUGCUCCUGAUGGCUCAUGCUCUGAGGCGCGUGCUCUACUCUACCUGGUGCCCAGCUGACUGCCAGUUUGCCUUCGUGGCCCGAAACCCCCAGAGCCCAGCCAGCAAGCUCUUCUGCCACCUCUUUGUAGGCAACCAGCCCGGAGAGGUCCAGAUCCUGCACCUGCUGCUCUGCCGUUCCUUCCAGCUUGCUUACCUCUUGCAGCACCCUGAGGAGCGGGCACAGCCUGAGCCCUGCCUGGCGUCUGCAGGAGACAUGCCCCUGAAGCCACUGUCCAGCCCGGGGGGCCCCCCUGGCCUUGUACGGGAACCCUUCAGCCGGGAUCAGCUUUCACAGAACGUUCAUGCAUUGGUCUCCUUCCGGCGGCUUCCUGCAGAGGGGCCUGUGGGCAGUGGGAAGGAGCUGCCAGAGUCAGAAGGCCGUGGGGGCACCCGCCAUGCCCGCCUGGGGAAUCCCUACUGCUCACCCACACUGGUGCGCAAGAAGGCCAUUCGCAGCAAGGUGAUCCGCUCCGGGGCUUACCGAGGCUGCACCUAUGAGACUCAGCUGCAGCUGUCAGCUCGGGAGGCCUUCCCUGCUGCGUGGGAAGCAUGGCCCCGGGGGCCUGGUGGUCCCUCGUGCCUGGUGGAGAGUGAGGGCAGUCUGACGGAGAACAUCUGGGCCUUUGCUGGCAUCUCCAGGCCCAAUGCCCUGGCCCUGCUGCGGAGAGACGUGCUUGGGGCCUUCCUGCUGUGGCCCGAGCCGGGCGCCAGUGGCCACUGGUGCCUGUCAGUGCGGACACAGUGCGGCGUGGUGCCCCACCAGGUCUUCCGGAACCACCUGGGCCGCUACUGCGUGGAGCACCUGCCUGCCGAGUUCGCCAGCCUGGAGGCCCUGGUGGAGCACCAUGCUGGGACAGGGCGAAGCUUCUUCUGCUCCCUCAACAUGGGCCGCCUGAAUCCUGGCUAUGAGGAGCAGGACCGGGGGUCCGAGGGCAGACCCCCCCGGACACUGCGGCCCCUUGGCCAUGCCAAGUCCGAGGCAGAGCUGCAGGGCCUGGGCUAGGAGGCUGGGCCCCAUGCUCACUGGCCCCGCCUCACCCUGGCUCCUGGGCCUCAGCGGGCCGCCCUGCCCUCUGCCACCCCGCUGGUCACCAGUUCCAUCCAGUCACUCUGCCCCUUGGACCAGUCUUCUGUCACUUCACUGCCUGUGGUGGGGGUGGGGAGCCCUGGCACUGGGGAUUGCCCAUGGCUUCUCAUAGGACGUGACCGCUGAGACCGCAGGAGGGGCAGGUGGAGCUCCAGGCUUCUGUUAACUUGCUAGGUGACUUUGGAUGCUUGUCUCUAGGCUUCACCUUACUCCUCGGAGGGGAGCCUUCUGAGGUGGGCAGGAAGGUGUGCUCACCAGGGACAUGGCCUCCUAAGGCGGCCAGGCCUUGUGGCCCUGACUGGGAGUCUCCCAAGGGCACCUGACUGAGGUUGCCAGCCAUGUAAGGGAGAGGUGUCUGGGGAGGCAGGAGCGAGUCCUCACUGUGGGCAAAGACCUGGGGGCAAGCCACCCUGUCCAUGAGAGAAACAGGACUUGAGGAGCUAGUGGGCAUGGCGUCUGGGCUGAGCUACACCCAGGCUGACAGAGAGAGCAUGCCUGUUUCUCACAUCAUUUGAGAUUAAGGCAGUCUCCCCUUGAGUGUUGAGAAAUGAGGGUUAAGGGGGCAUAGGAUGGCAGAAUGGACGAAGAGCCUUGCCCCCCAAGCCCAGGUGGACACCUGUGUGCAGAAGGGAUGUGGACCAGCAGACAGGGCAAAGAAUCUCUGUGUUGCUUAGAAAGGCUGGUUGGUCUCCACUCAAAACCACAGGGUUGUGAUUCCUGCCUUCUGUGGAGGGAUGCCCCAUCUCACCCCUCCCCAACAACCCCAAGAACCACCAAGACACGCGCACACACACACACCCCGCACACGCUGGCUCGUUUCCUUUGUCCAUUUGACUGGCAGGGGCCAGCAGUGAGCCGCAGGAGUACUGGGGUGACCGGGGCUCUAUUCAACUUAUUCUGGGCCAUUCUGGGUCUAGCGGCUGCCUGGGAAGCCACCUGGUUUUGGUCCACUUCCCAUAACGUGGCGCUGGCUGGCUCUGGUUGUCAGGGGCUACCUCACCAGCCCAAGCCCCCUGGGGCUGGGUCACAGUACAGCCAUCCAAAGGUAGAACUGAUGUGGACCCUGCUGGGGGGGGGGGGGGGGCGUUGGCCUCAGCAGGGAGUGGGAGUACAGAGAAAUGAUUCUGCUCUAAGGCAAUAGCCCUGAAGUGACUGACAGAUCCAGGUGCCCCCGCCCCCCUUUAGAAGCAAGCUUGACGGACAGACAUGAAUACCAAAUUAUUUAGGGAGCAAGUUUACUUCGUAUGAACUUCUCUAUUCCUGAGGCAGAGGCUUAGUCACGAAUGUGGGGGCUGCCCUCCCCCAUCUGGGAGUGGGAUGUGACUGUUCAGUGC